GGAAAAUGUACAAACUUUUUCUUUCCCGCUAGUAGUAUGUAUCUGCUCAUACAAGAAGGGAAACUCCCGCUAAUAUGUAAAGUCAGCCAUAGGAUUCUUCUGUCUCCAUGUUCUGUAAAAUUCGAUCAGAUCGUGUCUUCGAAUCGCAGCAGUAUUCUACUCGUAGCCUUUGAGGUUACUACAGAUUCACUUGAGCGGCAGCAAAACAAGCAAUUAGCAGGAGGCAGCACGGGCGCCGUACGUUCGUUCAGCUGGUCAUGGCCGCUGUCAAAGGGCUCGAAACGCAGGCCAAGAAUAGCCGUGAACAGGCGCCGGUUUCGGGGGGAAUGGCCCCCGGGCAUUCGUUCCUGCCCCCACGCAGGCAGGCGAUCCGAUCCUCUCUCUCUCCCUUUGUGGCGUCUCCCCCACCUCUCCCUCGGGCCGAGCUCGAGACCCCCGAUCGACUCGGCCGCGACGGAGGGAGAAGACAAGCACUGCACCGAACCCAUGGCCAUGGGGGGCCCGCGCCUCCUCCUGCAGCACCACUACCGCUCCCGCUCCGCCUCCUCCUCCUUCGCGCGCUCCCCGUCCACCGACUCCACCGGCAACGACGCCGCCGUCCACCACAGCCUCGCAGUCCCCGCCGACACCGCCGUCGCCUGCCCCUUCGGAGGCCCCCUCGACGGCCUCGCCCGCGCCGACGUCCGCGAGGCCGCCUACGAGGUCUUCUUCAUGUCCUGCCGCGCCGGAGGCGCCAAGGGCGGCGGCGCGCUCGCGUACUUCCCCGAGGGAGGCGGCGGGGACGUGUCGCCGACGGUCGGCGGGCCCAGGGGCAGCACCGGGAUGAACGUCGUCAACAGCAGGGUGAAGCGCGCGCUCGGGCUCAAGGCGCGCCGGUCCUCGCAGCCGUCCACCGCCUUGCGGAGCGGCGUCGUCAACGCUUCGUCGUCCUCGGCUCCGGGCUCCCCCGGCCGCGCCAUGCGAGCUGUGAAUGGCCACCAGCACCCGUCGUCCGUUCCUGGAUCCCCCAGGGCCAGGCGGCCCAUGACCUCCGCCGAGAUCAUGCGGCAGCAGAUGCGCGUCACCGAGCACGGUGACGCCCGCCUCCGCAAGACCCUCAUGCGCACCCUCGUCGGCCAGGUUGGGAAAAGAGCGGAGACGAUCGUCCUGCCGCUGGAGCUUCUCCGGCAGCUGAAGCUGGCCGACUUCGCCGACAGCGGCGAGCACCACCAGUGGCAGCGCCGCCAGAUCAAGCUCCUCGAGGCCGGCCUCAUCCUCCACCCCUCCGUCCCGCUCGACCGCGCCAGCAACGGCGCCGUGCUCAAGUUCCGUGAGGUCAUGCAGUCCGCCGAGGCCCGCGCCAUCGACACCGGCAAGGCUUCGGACGCCAUGCGCGCGCUCUGCGAUGCCGUGCUGGCCCUGGCGUGGCGGUCCGCUCCCGCAGGGGAGGCCUGCCACUGGGCCGACGGGUACCCGCUCAACGUGCUCCUCUACGUCUCCCUCCUCCAGGCCGUCUUCGACCUCAGGGACGAGACUGUGGUGCUCGACGAAGUGGACGAGCUCCUGGAGCUCAUGACGCGGACGUGGGCGACGCUCGGCAUCAACAGGAUGUUGCACAACGUGUGCUUCGCUUGGGUCUUGUUCCAGCAGUACGUUGCCACCGGGCAAGUCGAGCCGGACCUUGCCGGUGCGGCGCUCGCCAUGCUCACGGAGGUGGCUGCCGACGCCAAGCAGGAGAGCCGUGAUCCGGUGUACGCACGUGUGUUAUCUAGCUCUGUUGCAGCGAUACUUGAGUGGUCCGAGAAGCGCCUGCUCGACUACCAUGAGAUGUACGGGAAGGGCAUCUGCGGCGGCGGCAACAGCAUCGCCGCCAUGGAGUGUGCUAUGUCUCUGGCGCUCGCUGCUGGGAAGAUCAUCGCUCAAAGUGUGCCUGGUAUGGGCAUCAGUGCUACCAACACCCACGGUGUAGGUUGCUUCGCCGCCAACCGCGUCGAUUACUACAUUCGUUGCUCCAUGAGAAGCGCCUUCACCAAGAUGCUCGAGAACGGGCUUGGGCAGGAGGACGGCGUGAUCACCGACCGCGACGACGACACCAGCGAGAUCCUGACGCGGCUGGCCAAGGACACGGAGCAACUGGCGCUGUCGGAGCGCGAGGGCUUCAGCCGGGCGCUGAGGCGGUGGCACCCGUUCCCGGCCGCGACCGCCGCGGUGACCCUGCACGGCUGCUUCGGCGUCGUGCUGAAGCAGUACCUGGUCAAGGCGGCAUCCCUGACCAGCGAGCUGGUGCACGUGAUGCACGCGGCCGGUAGGCUCGAGAAGGCCCUGGUGCAGACGGUGGUGGAGGACGUGGCCGACAGCGACGACGGCGGCAAGUCGGUGGUGCGGGAGGUUGUGCCCUACGACGUGGACUCCGUCCUCGUGGGCUUCCUGAGGGCGUGGAUCGAGGAGCGGCUCCGUGUUGCCAAUGAGGGCCUUCUCCGAGCCAAAGACACCGAGAGCUGGAUGCCGAGGUCCAAGACGGAGCCGUACGCGCAAUCGGCGGUGGAGCUGAUGAAGAUGGCCAAGGCCACGAUGGAUGAGUUCUUUGGGAUCCACGUGAGCGCGAGAGACGACAUGGUCCGGGACCUCGCCGGCGGCCUCGGCUCCAUCUUCCAGGAGUACAUCUCCUUCCUCGCGUCCUGCGGCAACAAGCAGAGCUACCUCCCGUCGCUGCCGGCACUCACGAGGUGCAACCAGGACUCGACGAUCAAGAGGUUGUGGAAAAAGGCGGCGGUGACGCCGUGCCGGGUGCCCCCGUCGAGCCCGCGUGCCUGCAUGCCCUACGGUGCGCCGGCCGGCGCCGGGCACAACCCUCGGCCGUCCACCAGCCGCGGCACGCAACGCCUCUACGUCCGGCUCAAUACGCUGCACUUCAUGCUCAGCCACAUCCAGGCGCUGGACAAGUCGCUCUCCUUCUUCUCCUCCUCCUCCUCCUCCGGCGCCGGCGCCAGGUGCGGCUCGCCAUCAGCCAACCGCCGCCUCGCAGCACCACCGUGCCACUUCGACCAAGCCCGUGCGUCGGCCCACUCAGCCAUCGGCCACGUCGCCGAGGUCGCCGCGUACCGCCUCAUCUUCUUCGACUCGCACCACUCCUUCUACGACGGGCUUUACGCCGGCAGCGUCGCCGAUGCGCGCGUCCGCCCGGCGCUCCGCACGCUGAAGCAGAACCUUUCUUUGCUACUCUCCCUCCUUGUUGACCGCGCGCAGCCCGUGGCCGUGCGGGAGGUGAUGAAGGCUUCGUUCCAGGCGUUCCUAACAGUCCUGCUCGCCGGCGGCAACCACAGGAGCUUCAGCAAGGAGGACCACGCCAUGAUCGAGGAGGACCUACGGAGCCUGAAGCGCGCCUUCUGCACACGCGGCGAGGGCCUGGUGACGGAGGACGUGGUCGACAGCGAGGCGGAGGUGGCAGAGGGUGUCGUCGCGCUCAUGGGGCAGACGGCGGAGCAACUCGUGGAGGAGCUAAGCAUCGCGACGACGUGCGGGUCACCGCGGAUGAGCUCCGCGCAGAGGCUGCCGAUGCCGCCGACAACCAGGCGGUGGAGCCGGACGGACCCGGACACGAUCCUCCGCGUGCUCUGCCACCGCGACGACGAGGUCGCCAGCCACUUCUUGAAGCGCGCGUUCCAGCUUCCCAAGCGGAGGUGACGGUCGGUUAGGCUUGCGUUUGUUGCAGCCAGGGUGUAUGUGUGUGUUGCAGACUCUUAACUUGCAAGAUUAAUUAACAUGGGAGGUGUGGAUUAUAUCUUCAAAACAAAUAAUCGGAACAAUUGUUUGCAAAAGUUGUACUGUAUAUAGUUGUUCUUUGCAGAGGAAGUUUUGGAAGCCAUAUCUGAAAUUUAUGCAGUUUCUGUAGCA